GGCUGUCUGUCACCGGCUGGGGGGCGGGGAAGCGGUGGUGUGCGACCUGCGUCUCGAGAACCGGGUGAUGGGUCCCAGCCCGACCGCGGCGCGGCGAAGGCCGUCGCUGCCGUGGUGGCUGCCGCUGGUGCCGCUGCUGUGGUCCAGCGUGGCCCGGGGCGCGCUCCCUUUCGGCAGCAGUCCGCGCAGGGUGGGUGCCGAGCUCCUGUCGGAGCAGCAGUUGCUGGAGGCGGAGGACUUGAGCCUGUCCCUGCUGCAGGACCGGGGGCUGGGGCCGCUGUCCUGGUCGCUGCCGCCCGACCUGCCGGACCUGGGGCCCGAGUGCCAGGAGCUGCUGCUCGACUUCGCCCGCAGCAGCGCGGAGCUGACCCGGUGCAUGGUGCGCAGCGCCCGGCCCGUGCGCCUCUGCCAGACCUGCUACCCGCUCUUCCAACAGGUCGCCAGCAAGAUGGACAACAUCAGCCGAGCCGUGGGGAAUACCUCAGAGAGUCAGAGUUGUGCCAAAAGCCUCUUAAUGGCUGAUAGAAUGCAAAUAGUUGUGAUUCUUUCUGAGUUUUUUAAUACCACAUGGCAGGAUGCAAAUUGUGCAAAUUGUUUAACAAACAACAGUGAACAUUUAUCAAACAGCACAGAACAUUUCCUCACUCUAUUUAACCAGACCUUGACCUGCUUUGAACAUAAUCUUCAGGGGGGCUCACACAAUCUACUACCACCAAAAAAUUACUCAGAAGUGUGCAAAAACUGUCACACAGCCUACAAAAGCCUCAGUAGUCUAUAUAAUGAAAUGCAAAAAAUGAGUGAUCUUGAGCAGAAGGCUGAAGCUGGAGCACAUUUGUGCAUCGAUGUGGAAGAUUCGAUGAACAUUACUCGCAAACUCUGGAGCCGAACUUUCAACUGCUCCGUCCCUUGCAGCGACACUGUGCCCGUGAUUGCUGUUUCUGUCUUCAUCCUCUUUCUACCUGUUGUCUUCUACCUUAGCAGCUUUCUACACUCAGAGCAAAAGAAACGCAAACUCAUUCUCCCCAAACGUCUCAAGUCCAGUACCAGUUUUGCAAGCAUUCAAGAAAAUUCAAACUGAAACUCACAGAAUGGGGAUUGACCUGGUAUCACACAGAUAAGUAGUAGAAGAUUGAAC